AUGACAAAAUUGAAACACUUUCUACGUUUCACAAUUUGUAUUUAUUAUAUUUUCAGUGACAGAACCACUGCACUUAGCUUGAGUAGCGUUGAAAAAUCACCGCCGGUACAUGAUGAUCAUGUGACUUGUGUUGAUAGCGGGGGCCCUGGAAUCUGUAUAUCGGGAAGUGCCGAUAAGACUGUUGUGCAAUAUAAUUGGUUGGAAAGUAAAAUUCGAAACAAGUGGAUCGGACAUGAUAGAGACAUAUCUCGGGUUAUCUAUGGUGAUAGAAAUGGUUACGUAAUCAGUGGAUCAAGAGAUAAAUCUGUAUGUAUUUGGCAAUCUGGAAAUUCCAAACCAGUCAAACGUUUACAGGGACAUGACAUGGUAGUAAUGGGACUGGCAUUGAACCAAGAAAAUACUGUUCUAUGUACAGGGUCACGUGAUAAUUACAUUAAACUUUGGGAUAUAGAGACAGGCACAUGUACUUUACAGAAUAACCUUUCAAGAAAUCUAGUUACACAUAUCAAGUGGAUACCGAAUCAAGACUCUGUGGCACAGACUAGUGAAGAUAAAUGUCUCAGAACAUGGGACACUAGGAUACUUCAAGAAUCCCAUGUUUUUGCCAAAAAACAGUACAUCCAGACAUGUUGUGAUGUCUCAGAUGAUGGCAACUAUUGUGUCACAAGUAGUAAUGGUUUCGGUGGACAAGGUUGUGAAGCUACGUUAUGGGAUCUUCGUCAGAACAAAGGUAUUUGUGAAUACAAAGGACACAGCCAAACUACAGCAUCUUGUAUUUUCCUUCCGUCCAUGCCAUCUGUUUCCAAGACUCUUAUAGCAACUUCUUCUCAUGACUGCUCUGUUAAAAUAUGGGAUCAGAACACCACAGAAUGUCUCUGUACUUUAGCUCUAGAUGGCGCUGGUCCACUAACAUCAUUAACAGCCUAUGGCGAUGGCAGUAUCUGCUGUGCAUCUUUUAAUACUGGUGUUCAUCUUUUAUCUGUGAAUGAAGAUGCCAAUGGAAUUAUCACACUGAUCAAAAAAGCCCAGUAUUAAUCUGAGAUGAGUUGCCCAAAACAUUAAAUGUCGUUCCAGUUAUUUUAGCUACAAUGUUCUGUAUAUUUUCACUUAGUAAUUUAUUGUUUUGUAUAUAUUGUUUACUUGCUUUUAUUUUAACUUUGAUGAUUACUCGAAAGUUAUUGUGUUUGUGCAAUUUGUGUAUUUAUUUGUCUUGAGAUUUGAAGUCUGUGUAAUGCGCCCUCUAGUGUCAUUUUUUUGAAAACUUUCGCAAACUUGUUUUAUGAGAUCAAAUUAACUUCAUGAUUGUUUACUGUUUUUGUAAAUUUUGGAUAAUAUUUUUAAAGAUGUUAGUUAUUUAUGUUUCACUGAAAUCAGACCUUUGCUGAGUGACAAAUGAAGAUGAAGUUAUCGUCUACUGCUUUUCAUAAAUUAAGUGCUACUGUCAUUGAGCAGCCCAUGUUCAAAUUCAGUGUUAACAAACAUUGAAUUUCACAGGUAUCGUAUAAGUCAAGCCGACCCACAUCGAACAUGACAUAGUGCACUGUCUUGAGACCUACACAACGUAUACUUUUUCAACAAAUUUGAUCAAUACUUAUAAGGGAUUAUUAAUUUUAGACCAAACGGAAGGAAUUUUAAUUAUAGAAAAAUACACAAAAAAAUGUGCAGAAUGUUGCACCUAAAUUUUGACAGGAAUAAUUAUGGCAUCCCAAAGUUUAAUAAAAUUGUGCAUAAUAAUAUAUAUAUAUGGUAGCACAUGACUGGUAAUAGUGUAAAUAUACAAGGUAAUUUAAGAAAGUAGUUUUAUGAUUAUGUAUUGAAAGAUAAAAUAAACUUCAUAAUGGGUUAUAAAAAAUAAA